AUGAAUAAUGUUUCUGUAAUAACAAUGUUUGUUCUUUCAGGUUUCAAUGAAACAAUCAGUCACAGGUUUGUUCUCUUUUUCCUCAGUUUGUUGUGUUACUGCAUCAUUUGCCUGCUCAAUGUUUCUCUCAUUGUGAUCAUCAUCUUGGACAGAAACCUCCAUGAAUCAAUGUAUAUUCUGCUCUGUGUCUUUUGCAUGAAUGCACUUUAUGGAACAGCAGGUUUUUACCCCAGAUUUCUCUGGGAUCUCCUCUCUGAUGUUCAUCUCAUCUCAUAUUACGGUUGCCUUAUUCAGACUAAGGUGAUUUUUUCUUUUGUCUGCGGCGAACUGUCAAUUCUUGCACUCAUGGCAUAUGACAGAUAUGUGGCCAUAUGUCAGCCCCUGAAGUACCACUCUAUCAUGUCAAAGCAAAGAGUCAUUAGGUUUGCAUGUUUUUUGUGGUUAACAACCUUCUGCAUUAUGGCUGUGAAUGCCUUUCUAACAUCCAGACUGAAGUUAUGCAGCCCGUAUAUUUCCAGACUCUUCUGUAUGAACUGGAGUAUUGUUCAACUCGCUUGUUUUCCAGAACAAACUGCAAUUAAUGCUAUAUCUGCAAAUAUUGUAACAAUUAUUUAUUUGCUUCACGGUGUUUUUAUAGUUUGGUCCUAUAUGUAUAUCAUUCAAACAUGUGUCAGGUCUAUAGAAAACAGAGCAAAGUUCAUGCAAACAUGUGUCCCACAUCUCGUCUCAUUAUUUACUUUUGUUGUGGCAAUACUUACUGAUGUUAUAAGUAUGCGACUGGGUUCGAAAGAGUUGCCUCGGACCCUUCAAAACUUUGUAGCAUUAGAGUUUCUUGUCAUUCCUCCUAUUAUGAAUCCUCUGAUUUACGGUUUCAAACUGACCAAAAUUCGAAAAAAAAUUUAUAGUGUUGUUAUUUUAAAAAGAACUAAUUUUUGUUUUAUUCGACCAGAAAAUCGUUUCACACACAGCUAA